AUGGCACCACAAGCAAGUUACGGCACGCAAAUGACAACACUUGUUAACUGUAAACACGGAUCACCAAUCUGUGUCCUAGAUGGAGGCACGAAAGAGGAAGGAUUAGACCUCUGCGAAGCUUGCCAAGUAUCUCAUCCUAUGAUCGCAUUAAAGACGACCGAGGAGCUUGUGAAAACGCGCAUAGAAGAAGAAGACUACCCUAACGCACGAGCCUUGAGAGACAGUGCAGACUACGAGGCAUUGUGGGCCAAACCAGAUGACGAACAUGCAUGCGCGUGGCGGCAAAAGCGGUUCAGCGACAACGUCAAGUUCGCUGACGACAUGCUACAGUGA